AUGCUGGACUUGUUGCGUGGCCGCGGUCUUGACGCUUGCAAAUCGCGCGACGCACUCACUUACAUCUUUAAUAUUUUCACUUUGGUCGGGACCAAUCCGCAGGGGCAACGAUCAAACAAAUAUUAUUACCUUUAUUAUUUAUACUCGGUUACAGUGAAUUUCAUUUGCUGCUUCUUCUCUCCACUCUCAUUUCACAUCGGCUAUAUAAAAUAUUGGAAUGUACUAAGUACAACUGAAUUGCUUGCCGCCAUACAAAAUGCCGUUCAAGUGACAGGAAUUCCUGUAAAAAUCAUUGCCAUUACUUGGCACAUGAAGAGUUUGCUGAGCGCGCGUGAAAUUUUGGACGAGCUGGAUGCCAACUAUAGGCGCGCCGAUGAUUUGCUUAGAAUACGUCAAUGCGUACAGCGCUGUUGUAAAAUUAUCGUCAUAUUUUGUGUGCCCUACUACAGUUUUGAGAUUACGACUAUAGCCUUCGGUGUGUUGCAACAUCGCGUGCCACUUGCAGCUUGGGUACCAUAUCUCGAUGCGCAGGCUGGUGCAGAAUGGGAGUAUUGGACGAUUGUGGUUUGGGAUAUAUUCGUCAUGUUCAUUUUGUUGGCACAUCAGCUGGGCAGUGACACCUAUCCUCCAGUAUAUAUCUCGAUUAUACGUACUCACAUGCAAUUGUUGGUGGAGCGUGCAAAGCGUUUAGGUGGUGAUCGCAAGCUGAAUGCAGAUGAAAAUUAUGCAGAACUUUUGGCUUGCAUUCGCACGCAUUGCCAGAUUUUGAGAUUGGCUCGCAUUGUUGCUCCAGUUAUUUCAAUCACCCUCUUCACACAAUUUGCAACCACCGCCAUUACAGUGCUAAAUUGGUUUGGUAAUGUUGAAUUUCCCGAAAAUAUUAUCUCUUUUGCAUUCUUCAGUUGUCAGUUAGUGCAAAUCCUGCCCUGUUGCUAUUGUGCCUCUCAUCUAAUUGACGAUUGUGACCAGCUGCCCAAUGCGAUUUUUCACUCGAAUUGGAUGGAUCAAAAUAGGCGAUAUAGGAAAACCAUUUUAUUUUUUAUACAACGUACUCAAAAUCCAAUACGAUUUUGGUGCUUGAAGCUAUUUGGUGUCAAUUUGGCGACAGGCAUGGCGAUUGGGAAAUUUGCUUUUUCGCUUUAUACAUUUAUAAAAGAGAGCAAAGUUGGCGACAAACUGGAUAAGUGAAUCGAAAAUACGUUGCAUUGCUAUACAUACAUACUUAUAUGUAAUAUACAGAUAUUUAUAGUACUAUUGUUGUGAGAAAUAAACAGUAAAGUUAACAAAAAGGACAUUGUUAAGUUAUUAUUUUAGAAAAAAAAAUAAGUUUAAAGAGGGCUCAAAACACAUAGAAUACAUGC